GCCCUAAGCCAUCAGCAAUCCUUAGCAUAGGGGCACACUCACGCAUUCCUGUCAAGUCAUCUUGUGAAAGGCUGCCUGCUUCCAGCUUGGCUUGGAUGUGCAACCUUAAUAAAACUCACUGAGGUCUGGAAGAAAAUAGCAGAUCUGAAGCAGAUAGGGUAGAGGAAAGGGUCUAGAAUAUGUACACGCAGCUGACUCAGGCAGGCUCCACGCUGAACGGUCACACAGAGAGGAAACAAUAAAUCUCAGCUACUAUGCAAUAAAUAUCUCAAGUUUUAACGAAGGAAAAUAUCAUUACAGUGAAAUAAAAAUUUUUUAACAUUUUAGAACAAAGCUAACAAAUGGCUAGUUUUCUAUCAUUCUUCUUCAAACGCUUUCUUUGAGGGGGAGACAGUCAAACAAACAAGCAGUUUUACCUGAAAUAAAGAACUAGUUUAGAGGUCAGAAGAAAGGAGCAAGUUUUGCGAGAGGCACAGAAGGAGAGUGCUGGCAGUACAAUGACAGUUUUCCUUUCCUUUGCUUUCCUCGCUGCCAUUCUGACUCACACAGGGUGCAGCAACCAGCGCCGAAGUCCAGAAAACAGUGGGAGAAGAUAUAACCGGAUUCAACAUGGGCAAUGUGCCUAUACUUUCAUUCUUCCAGAACACGAUGGGAACUGUCGUGAGAGUACGACAGACCAGUACAAUACAAACGCUCUGCAGAGAGAUGCUCCACACGUGGAACCGGAUUUCUCUUCCCAGAAACUUCAACAUCUGGAACAUGUGAUGGAAAAUUAUACUCAGUGGCUGCAAAAACUUGAGAAUUACAUUGUGGAAAAUAUGAAGUCGGAGAUGGCCCAGAUACAGCAGAAUGCAGUUCAGAACCACACGGCUACCAUGCUGGAGAUAGGAACCAGUCUGCUGUCUCAGACUGCAGAGCAGACCAGAAAGCUGACAGAUGUUGAGACCCAGGUACUAAAUCAAACUUCUCGACUUGAGAUACAGCUGCUGGAGAAUUCAUUAUCAACCUACAAGCUAGAGAAGCAACUUCUUCAACAGACAAAUGAAAUCUUGAAGAUCCAUGAAAAAAACAGUUUAUUAGAACAUAAAAUCUUAGAAAUGGAAGGAAAACACAAGGAAGAGUUGGACACCUUAAAAGAAGAGAAAGAGAACCUUCAAGGCUUGGUUACUCGUCAAACAUAUAUAAUCCAGGAGCUGGAAAAGCAAUUAAACAGAGCUACCACCAACAAUAGUGUACUUCAGAAGCAGCAACUGGAGCUGAUGGACACAGUCCACAACCUUGUCAACCUUUGCACUAAAGAAGGUGUUUUACUAAAGGGAGGAAAAAGAGAGGAAGAGAAACCAUUUAGAGACUGUGCAGAUGUAUAUCAAGCUGGUUUUAAUAAAAGUGGAAUCUACACUAUUUAUAUUAAUAAUAUGCCAGAACCCAAAAAGGUAUUUUGCAAUAUGGAUGUCAAUGGGGGAGGCUGGACUGUAAUACAGCAUCGUGAAGAUGGAAGUCUAGAUUUCCAAAGAGGCUGGAAAGAAUAUAAAAUGGGUUUUGGAAAUCCCUCCGGUGAAUAUUGGCUGGGGAAUGAGUUUAUUUUUGCCAUUACCAGUCAGAGGCAGUACAUGCUAAGAAUUGAGUUAAUGGACUGGGAAGGGAACCGAGCCUACUCACAGUAUGACAGAUUCCACAUAGGAAAUGAAAAGCAAAACUAUAGGUUGUAUUUAAAAGGUCACACUGGGACAGCAGGAAAACAGAGCAGCCUGAUCUUACACGGUGCUGAUUUCAGCACUAAAGAUGCUGAUAAUGACAACUGUAUGUGCAAAUGUGCCCUCAUGUUAACAGGAGGCUGGUGGUUUGAUGCUUGUGGCCCCUCCAAUUUAAACGGAAUGUUCUAUACUGCGGGACAAAACCAUGGAAAACUGAAUGGGAUAAAGUGGCACUACUUCAAAGGGCCCAGUUACUCCUUACGUUCCACAACUAUGAUGAUUCGACCUUUAGAUUUUUGAAAGCACAAUGUCAGAAGUGAUUAUAAAAACAACAAAGAAAUCUGGAGAAGCUGCCAGGUGAGAAAGUGCUUGAAAACUUCAGAAGCAAACAAAAUUGUCUCCCUUCCAGCAAUAAGUGGUAGUUAUGUGAAGUCACCAAAGUCCUUGACUGUGAAUCUGGAGCCUUUUGAGUUCACAGGAGUCUCUACUUGGGGAAACAGUGCUCACGUGGCUCCACUAUAGAAAACUCCAUUGACUGUCGAGCUUUAAAAAGGGAAGAACCUGCUCAGCUUUGCUGUGCUUCAAACUACUACUGGACCUUAUUUUGGAACUACGGUAGCCAGAUGAUAAAUAUGGUUAAUUUCAUGUAAAACAGGAAAAAAAAAAAAAAAAAAGAGUGAAAAAGAGAAUAUACAGGAAGAAUAGAAACAAGCCUGCCAUAAUCCUUUGGAAAAGAUGUAUUACACCAGUGAAAAGGUGUUAUAUCUAUGCAAACCUACUAACAAAUUAUACUGUUGCACAAUUUUGAUAAAAAUGUAGAACAGCAUUGUCCUCUGAGUUGGUUAAAUGUUAAUGGAUUUUAGAAGCCUAAUUCCAGUGUCAUACUUACUAGUUGAUUUCUUCUUACCCAUCUUCAAAUGAAAAUUCCAUUUUUGUAAGCCAUAAUGAAUUGUAGUACAUGGAUAAUAACUGUGUAGUAGAAACAAACAUACUCUGAUUUUUGAUACAGUUUUCAGAAAAAAAAAAUGGACAUAAUCAAGUAAGGAUGUAUGUGGUGAAAACUUACCACCUCAUACUAUGGUUUCCAUUUACUCUAAAAACUGAUUGAAUGAUAUAUAAAUAUAUUUAUAGCCUGAGUAAAGUUAAAAGAAUGUAAAAUAUAUCAUCAAGUUCUUAAAAUAAUAUACAUGCAUUUAAUAUUUCCUUUGAUAUUAUAUAGGAAAGCAAUAUUUUGGAGUAUAUUAAGUUGAAGUAAAACCAAGUACUCUGGAGCGGUUCAUUUUACAGUAUCUACUAGCAUGUGUAUACAUACAUGUAACUUCAUUAUUUUAAAAAUGUUUUUAGAACUUCAAUACUCACCCUGUUAUGUCUUGCUAAUUUAAAUUUUGCUAAUUAACGGAAACAUACUUACCAGAUUCACACUGUUCCAGUGCCUAUAAAAGAAACACUUUGAAGUCUAUGAAAAAUAAAAUAAUUAUAAAUAUCUUUGUA